AUGGAUCUGCCUCCUAGCCAAGGCCACUGGUCCAAGGAGGAUGUGUGCAGGUUACUGCAGCGCAUUGAGAAUAACCUCCUGUCCGGUGACAACCCAAGGUCCAAAGCAGACAAGUCACAGCCAGACUGGGAGAAAAUAGCAUUUCAAGGCUUCUCUGGGGAAAUGUGCAAACUCAAGUGGACAGAGAUUUGUUCCAAAUUAGGGAAAUUCCAGCCGCUGGAAGAAGUGGUGCAGGAAGCCAGAAAACUGGUUUGCGGUCACAAUAGAAACAAUGAAUCCCAGAAGCACCCCGACUUCCCCAAAAGGCCCUUGACUGCUUAUUUCCGAUUUUACAAGGAGCAGAGGCUCCAUUAUUCCCAAAAGUACCCUCAGAUGAACAAUUACAAGCUGGCCAAGAUUCUAGCUCAGAAGUACAGGCAGCUCCCACAGGAGGUGAAGCAGAAAUACACUGAGGAAUACUGGAAGGACAAGCAGGAAUUUAAAGAAAAAGUCGCUCAAUUUUGGCAAAAACACCCUGAUCAGGUCCAAAUCUGCAAAAAGUCUGGUGGGGGCAAGAGGCGCCCAAGAAAAGCUCCAAAGAAUGCCCAGGACAGUGUGCAAAGCGUGAGGCCUCUGUCCAAGACUGAUAAAUUUGGCAAGUAUGUGAAAUUUCAUGGAGAGCCCCCGAAGCCCCCCAUGACGGGAUAUAAUAAAUUUCAUGACGACUGGUGGUCAAGGGAGGAGUUGGAAUACUUGUCCCCCCAGGAGCGCAGGGUGGAGAUCAGCAGGCGCUGGCACCGCGUGCCCCCAGCCCUGAAGGAACAGUACAGGCAGCAGGCGGAAAAGCUGCACAGACAGUAUUGGGUGGACCUGGACCUCUGGCUCAAGGGUCUGUCCCCUGAGGAGUAUGCCGCAUACAAAAAGAGAAACUCUGGGAAGGGCAAGAUCGUGACCUUGCCUGGAGACCCAAACCCCAGGUUCAGCAGGAGAGACCUGCCGCCCUCACCAGCCAUGACUGUGCAGGCAGGACCAGGCCAGGAGAACAGGCUGCAGGCUCCGGGCACGGGUGCCCCAGGUGCGGUGCCCAGCUGCCAUCCCCACCCACCCGGAUCCCAAAGAACCAGGAAGGAACCCGCGGAAGAAGACGGCAGCGCCUCAGACUGCAGCAGUGAAGAUGAAGACGAGGAGAUGAACCUGUCCUCUUAUUUCUCCUCCUCCUCUUAG